AUGUCGUAUCCGACUCUUCCAACAAAUCUUCCUCCGGCAACGCCGCAGAAGCCCCUUCCUGGAGCUUACUUUCAGACUCCAGCGCCUACUGGACCGAGACCCCUUCCGGCCAGGUCGCCGCUAUCGUCAAUGCAGUCGCAAACGCAAACCCCCCAGACCCCCAUGCCGAAGCUUCCCCCAGCAGCAUCAAAGACUCAAAAUCAGACAGUGAGCACUGAGGAGCGCGGGGCGCGUACGAUCAACAGCGCGUUGCAAAGUGAAUCCAAUUACCCAGACCUGGACAGUUAUUUGUCGCAGGGCUCUUCUUCAGAGUACAACAUCCCUGGGGCCCAAUCAUGGGCACCCUUCCAAAAAGUCAAGAUGUACGACAUUCCCGACCAAAUUUUCGAUCAAUACAAUCGCGCACAAGUGUCGACAAGCAUGGGCUUGUUUGCCGAGCUGAACCACGCGUGGGUGGCCAUUGACAACGCAUUGUAUAUCUGGGAUUUUACACACCCAAACCCGCAACUUGUGGGCUUUGAGGACCAGCCGAACAGUAUCAACGCCGUGAAAUUGACGAAACCUCGCCCGGGUGUCUUUUUGCCUGCAAUCACCCAUUUGCUGGUGAUUUCCACGACGGCAGAUAUCAUUCUGCUGGGAAUGGGAUAUGAAAAGACACCCAAUGGGGGCCAACAAGUCUCCCUAUACCACACUGGGAUGUCGGUUUCGGUGCGCGGGUUGGAUAUCAAUGUUUUCGCGGCGUCUGAUUCGACUGGGCGCAUUUUCUUCGGAGGAUCCUCUGAUACCGAUGUGCACGAGGUUACCUACCAACAGGAGGAAAGGUGGUUCCAGGGACGAUGCGGCAGAGUGAAUCACACCAGCUCGCGUCUGUUGGCUUUCAGGCCAUCAAUGAGCUUGACCAAUCUUGCGCAGAGCUCCGUUGAGAGCAUAGUGCAGAUGGCACUCGACGAGAGUCGCAACUUGCUUUACACACUCUCGUCGGCGUCAACAAUUCGUGUUUUCCAUCUUGGAUCUGAAGGCAGCUUGACACUCGCCAUCACUAAACGUGCCAUCGACAUAUACUCCAACAUUGGGCACAUUAUCACCUCGAAUGAGACUCUCAACCCCCGAGUCAAAAUUGUAUCGAUCAGUCCCGUGCCGGCUACAGAAGCUUCCCGAUACCAUUUGGUCGCGACGACCGCUACCGGUUACCGCAUCUACCUAAGCGCAACGGGUUCUUACAACUGGGCUCCUGCUUCCAGUGGCACAAACCCCCCUACAAGCAUGCAGGCGCUGCAUGUCAAGACGCCGCCUGUCGAUAUUACUCCCGGUGGGAAUGUGGCAGGCUCGCCCAUCAGCGCAAUUUCCCCCUCUGCUGGUCAGAUCACCACACUCUCACCCACACGACUCGCCGAGCGAUAUUCGCCGGGCUACUUCUUCUGUUUCACUACCAAGGACCCCCUCCAGAAGAUGGACACCCUUUUCAUCUCGACUCCUGACGCUGGCAGAGUAGCGCACGUGCAGGAUAAUGCGACUAACGGCAACAAAGAUGCCGAGUCAGCUAUCGUACUGGACCUGGGAGGCAGAGCGGAGGAUAUUGGCUUAGUAUCAGCACCCUCUUCAGUGACCAAUGAGUUGGCUGUUCAAUUCGAUCAUCCGACAGCAGAGAUUGCUAUCUUGACGAACGGCGGUGUUCAUCUGAUUCGCCGCCGUCGUCUUGUGGACAUAUUCGCGGCCUUGCUCCGCAACGGUGGAAGCCGUGACGAGGGCCCAGAAGGUGAGGGGAGGAACUUCAUCAAGCUCUAUGGGCGUAGCGAGGCACUGGCAACUGCCCUUGCCGUUGCUUGCGGCCAGGGGGUUGAAUUGUCCUCUGACCAAAGAAUGACUCGAAUCACUGACCCCGAUGUCCUGAACCUCGCACGUCAGUUCUUCAUUGAGCAAGGAGGUCGAGCUCAUUUGAAUGAGAAUGCUGUGGCGGAUGGAACAACAUCCGCCCUCGACGCAGUGCAACCCUCUCCGCGACACGCGGGCAUUGCUCUUUACAUCUCCCGUCUGUUGCGGUCUAUCUGGAAGGAGAAGAUCGCAAAGGUCGGCGGCGGACCUAAUGGCGCUCAAACGGUUUCAGCGUCUGUAAGUGCCGUCAAACUGCAGACCAUCCAGCAUGAUCUGUCUUCGCUGCAGGAAUUCUUCAAGGUGAACCGAAACUUCAUCGAGGGACUCAGUGGGCCUGAUGCACUUAAUCGGAUGAAUACAAAGACCGAAGAAACAGCACUGCAAGCCGAGCACCGCGCAUUACACUCUCUUGUCCAAUUGGUCUCACACACAAUUGAAGGCAUUUCAUUUAUUCUUGUUCUAUUUGAUGAGCGAGUUGAUGAGAUCGUGGCUACCUUGCCAAUCGAAUCAAAGGAAAAGUUCCUCAGUCUCACAUUCGAGGAAUUGUUCAGCUCUAGCAAGGGCCACGAAAUCGCCAAAGAGCUGGUUAAGGGCAUUGUCAACCGCAACAUUGCCAAGGGGUCCAACGUCGAGACAGUGGCUGAUGCACUUCGCAGAAGAUGCGGCAGCUUCUGCAGCACGGAGGAUGUCGUUAUCUUCAAAGCCCAGGAGAUGCUCAAGCGUGCGACCGAGGCCGGUGCCAACACAGAACUGGGCCGCAACUUGCUCAAUGAAAGCCUGCAUCUCUUCCAGCAGGUGGCAGACUGCCUGCCUAUGGACUACCUGGUCUCAGCUGUUGACAAUUUCAUUAUCAACCAGUUCUUCGCAGGUGCAAUCCAGCUGGCCCUCAAUGUGGCCGCCCGCUCCGACAAAGCCAACCUUGCCUACUCCUGGAUCAUGGAUGGACGCCCCGAUCAGGUUCGCGACCCCUUACCCCAUGGAACCCAUCACCAUCUCACAUUUACCCAGGAUCCCCGCAAGGAGUACUUUUUGUUCCGCAACCAGUGCUACGAUUUAAUCUUCAAGGUUGUCCUCGCAGUGGAUACCCUGGCAUCAUCCGACCCUGGCGUGAUUGACGGCCAACCAACCAUCAUCGCCAAGCGCCAGGGUGAGGCCUAUGGCGUGAUUUCAGACUCGGCGGACGAGGUGUUCCUGACGAGUCUUUACGAUUGGUACCUGGAACAGGGCUGGAGCGACCGGCUGCUGCAGACACAGUCGCCGUUUGUGGUUACUUACCUCCAGCGCAAGUCGAAUGACGAUCUCGGCCAUGCAGACCUACUGUGGCGAUACUACGCUCAGUCUCAACGAUUCUUCGAGACCGCGCAGGUCCAGUACCACCUAGCCCAGAGUGCUUUCGUCCUGCCAUUAAACCGCCGCAUUGAGUAUCUUGGCCAAGCUCGCGCUAACGCUUCCAUCUUCACACCGGACGUGGGACGCCAGUCAAGACAGCGACUGUUGCAGGAGAUUUCGAAUAUGGUCGAUGUGGCCAAUAUCCAAGAUGACCUCUUGCAAAGGCUCAAGGAUGACGAGCGUAUCGCUGAAGAGCGGAAGCGUGAGGUCCUAGCGGACGUAGACGGUCCGAUCAAGGAUAUCAGCACACUGUUCAACCAAUUUGCCGACUCAGCCGGCUACCACGAUAUCUGCCUCCAAAUCUUCUACCAGGCCGACCACCGCAACGCUGCAGACGUCAAGUCCACUUGGCAGCACCUGAUCGACAGCACACACCAAGUCACCGUUGCGCGCGGCUCACCGCAACCUUACGAAGCGGUGAUCGACAAAGUGCGCAGUCUCGGAAGCCGCCUGCGCAUGUCCGAGAUAGUAUUCCCCAUCCGCGAGCUCGUCCCCAUGCUCGAGCGUUACUCUCUGGAGUUCCAGCGGAACGUCGGCCCGCCAUCCUGGGUGGUGGAUCUGUUUUUGGACCUCGGCGUUGCGCACGAAUCCCUGUACGCGGUCCUCGAGACCAUGUACUACACCGACGAAGCGCCCUUCCACGGGUCCAACCGCCGGUUCAUCGCACAGGACUUGCUCUACCUCCUUACUGGGUGGUUCCAGGAGACCGUGCGACUGGGCGGGAUGGUCUUUGGGUCGGAUGCUGUUGCCGAGCGGGUCUCUGAGAUGCUGUUGAUCCUGCUGCAGGGCAAUGUCAUUGGGAAGGAGCAGUUGGAGACCGCUCGCGACUUGCGGUCACGGAUCGAUGAUAUUUUGCAGUGA